AUGCUCCAAAACGGCCUCCCCGAAUCGUUCUCAACCUUUGAACUCCCGAAAAUGUUUAAAGCUGCAGAAGUCAACCGCCAUUGUCUGAUGUGCAAACAGCAUGGAAUCAUUGUCAAGACCAAGGGCCAUGUAUGCGCCCAUAAAAAAUGCGACUGCACGGCGUGCGCAGCCAUCCGGAAUCGACGCCAGAUCAUGAGCAUGCAAAUCAAACUCCGGCGACAUCAGGAUAAACUCUAUCGGGCAAAUACAAUUCCGAUAGGUGCCGAGAGGCAGGAAGUUCCUUAUGGUGUUGUCUACACCUGCCAACGGUGUAAGAAUCAUGGGCUGAUUCGAAUGCGAAAGUAUCACAGCCGGGAAUGCCUCUAUGCGAAUUGCGUGUGCGAGAUGUGCGUGCUCGUUCGGAAAAGCACGAAAAUCGAGGGACAUCACAAGAAGCUCUCCACUAGGAUGUCUGAGCCAGCUUUGCUUCACAAGUGGUGGUUGUUCUCCCUGCUCAUCAUCUCCAUCCCCACUGGACCCCACAAAAAUUCUUCCGCACUUCGGGAACCUGAGUUUCAUUGCUUC